AUGUGGGCGGCUGCAGCUACUUGUGAAGAGUCUGUGCAGAUGUUGCUGUUAGAGCCUCCUCAGGUUGUGCUCUUCCUGACACGCUCCUCUCCUCAGGCUGAUGUGGUCCAGUGCCAGCUCACAGGUCCGACCUCUCCUCCGCUCACCCUUCAGUAUCACCUGGAAAAGUGCACAUCAAUCAGUUCCAAGCAGCAAAUUGUGGGAAAUGUGAUAGAUGGGAUUCAGCAGUAUCUGGCUGCCCCUCUUUGCUUACUCUUCAGCAAUCCUCAGGGCAAAUUGCUGCCCAUCGCCAUCCAGCUGAAGCAGAAGCCUGAGGCGCAGAACCCCAUUUUCCUCCCCACUGACUCCAAGCAUGACUGGCUUUUGGCGAAGCUCUUUGUGAGAAACGCAGAAUUUAACGAACAUGCGGUGAACUUCCAUCUACUACGCACUCACCUGUUGGCUGAGGUCUUUACCAUGGCAACCCUGCGUGCCUUGCCCUCUGUUCAUCCCCUCUUCAAGCUUCUGUUUCCUCACAUUCGCUACACACUGCAAAUCAAUAUCAUGGGGAGGAAACUGCUGAUGUCAGCUGAAGGGAUUUUUUCCACGAGCUGUGCUAUAGGUAUAAAAGGAAUGAUUACACUUAUGAGAAGAGCGACUGCCAGUCUGACCUAUAGCUCUCUGUGUUUGCCGGACAACAUCAAGGAGAGAGGCCUGGAGAACAUUCCCCAUUACUACUACAGAGAUGAUGGCCUCAAGUUGUGGAACAUCAUUCACAAGUUUGUGAACGGAGUGGUGGCACAUUAUUACACCGAUCGUGAUGUCCAGGAGGACUCCGAGCUCCAGACAUGGCUGACGGAGAUUGUAGAACAUGGCUUUCUGAAAAAUGACAACAGUGGAAUCCCCAAGUCCUUCCACACAGUGGCUGAACUCGUCAAGUUUGUCACCAUGUUGAUCUUCACAGUAUCGGCCCAACAUGCUGCAGUCAACAACGGCCAGUUUGACUUUGGAGCUUGGAUGCCCAACUUCCCCAGCACAAUGAAGGCUCCUCCUCCCACCACAAAGGGACAACCAACGGCAGAAUCCAUUCUUGCAGCUUUACCUGAUGUCAAGCACACACUUAAACAGAUGUCUGUCUUCCACCUGCUGAGCAAGAAGUCCUCAGAUCAUUAUCCUUUUGGAUAUUACCCGGAGGAGCUCUUCGUCGAGGCUGUGCCCCUUCAGAAAAUGGAACAGUUCAGGCAAGAUCUGAAGGCUCUCGAGGGUGAAAUAGAAGCAAGAAACAAGAAUCUUGAGCUUCCGUAUGAUUAUUUAAAUCCGAAGAAUGUGGAUAAUAGUGUAGACCUGUAAGAAAAUGGAUAAUCA